CCAGAAAAAAGAAUGAGAGCACACAAGUGAGAAAGAAAGAAAGCCCCAAUAAAGAAGAAAGAAAGAGAAAGAGUGAGAGGAGAGAGUAGAGAGAAAAAUCAAUGAGCCAAUGAGAUUGUAAAUACUAAAGUUGUAGCCUCUCGUUAAAUAUUGUCUCUUUUACUUUACGUUCAACUCAAUAUUCUCACAUAUACCGUUGAUUUUACCACGUUCAUUCAUUUGUAAAUUGUAGUUACUGCGGGAAGCUCACAAAUUCUCUUAAAAUCCCUAAAACCCUGGAAAACCCAUCACCCCAAAAAUUAGUCUCCCAAAACAAAUCAAACAGGAGGCCGACAAUGUCCAAGGAUCCAUCGGAGUCCUACAAACCCUACACCCUCUGCGAAACCCUAACGGGCCACAAGAGCGCCAUUUCCGGCGUUAAAUUCUCCUCCGACGGCCGCCUCCUCGGCUCCUCCUCCGCCGAUAAGACCAUCCGCACCUACUCCCUCACCUUCUCCGAUGACUCUUCGUCCUCCACUCCCACCAUCUCCGCCGCCCAAACCUUCGAGGGCCAUUCGCAGGGCGUCUCCGAUCUCGCCUUCUCUGCCGACUCUCGCUUCAUGGUCUCCGCCUCCGACGACAAGACCCUCCGCCUCUGGGACGUCGCCACCGGCCAGGUCAUCAAGACCCUCCAUGGCCACACCAACUACGUCUUCUGCGCCAACUUCAAUCCCCAGUCCAAUAUGAUCGUCUCGGGUUCCUUCGACGAAACGGUGCGCAUUUGGGAUGUUAAGACCGGGAAGUGCUUGAAGGUUUUGCCGGCUCACUCCGACCCCGUCACCGCCGUCGAUUUCAAUCGGGAUGGCUCCAUUAUUGUGUCUAGUAGCUAUGAUGGGUUGUGCAGGACCUGGGAUGCCUCUACUGGUCACUGCACUAAGACUUUGAUUGAUGAUGAGAACCCCCCAGUUUCCUUUGUUAAGUUCGCGCCCAAUGGCAAGUACAUUCUUGUUGGCACUUUGGAUGAUACUUUGAGGCUUUGGAACUUUUCAACUGGGAAAUGUCUAAAGACUUACACAGGUCACAAGAGCUCGAGAUUCUGCAUUUCUUCCACCUUUUCUGUGACAAAUGGGAAAUACAUUGUAAGUGGUUCUGAAGAUAAUUGUCUAUACCUAUGGGAAUUGCAAAGCAGGAAGAUAGUUCAGAAAUUGGAAGGUCACACGGACACUGUUAUAUCAGUAUCGUGCCACCCCACUAAGAACAUAAUUGCAUCCGGUGCACUUGGGAAUGACAAGACGGUGAAGAUCUGGACCCAGGAGAACUGAUUCAUUUUCUCUGUGUUGUAAAUGAUUGCAUCUGUGGCUCAAAGAUCUUGACUUGAGGAGGUAGAUUGAUUUCUUGUAUUACAAAGCGCGUUUUGUCCUAUGCCCAAGCCAUUGCUGCAAGACUCUUACCUUCUAACUUUGUUUAGUAAUUAUCUCUUUGUAUUUUUGUUGUAUCAUAUAACUUUGCUUCUUAGAUUUCAGUUUAAACUCAGUUCUCCUAAUUAUUAUAGAGGCCAUUUUUGUAACCUCUCUCUGCUUUCUUGUGAGCAUGGAUGCUGUGUUUUCUUGACGAAUGGUUUUCUAGGCAGUGAGAAAUUGUGAAGUGAAGUAGAAAUGGUAGAUGAAUAUGGUAAAUAGAGAUCAAUGUUUGUGCA